GCCACGGAUGCAAUACGCAAUGCCACAUUGACAGCUGAAAUUGUCAACAAAGCGGCAGCAUUUAUUGUCUACAGUGCUAGUGCGUUCAACUGAACGAACACUCGCGCUAGCCGCGAAACGCGAACAACACGUGGCCUACUAAUAUUAGACCGACCGACAACGCCGGUAUGACACACAAGCGAUAAAAUCAUUAAAACACUCGUAGACUGUGAACUAGACACCCGCGAACGCCACAGAUCAUAAAUGUUAAUUCCAAGUGUGUGUAAAAAUGAGCAGCAGUGGAAAAUGGAGGGAGUAUGCGGCAGCACUCAGUGCGACCCUGAUCACGGCGGCGGCGGGUACCACAGUCGGUUGGACUUCCCCAACGCUGCCCGUGCUGCUGGGGCCAGACUCGCCCAUCAAAAUCUCCAACGACGAGAGCUCAUGGAUCGUCUCGCUCAUGAUACUUUGCUCAGCUGCCAGUCCCAUACCGGCGUCGUAUUUGGCGGACAAGAUCGGCACCAAGAAGACUCUGCUGCUUGCCUCGGUGCCGUAUAUCAUCGGUUGGAUCCUGGUGAUGCUGGCUAACAAUGUACCCACUAUUUACGUUUCCCGACUCAUAUCUGGUCUGGGAUACGGCAUCGCUUACACUGCGGCACCCAUGUACCUUGGAGAGAUUGCUUCCGAUAAAGUCAGAGGAGCCAUGGCGACCCUCAUCACUGUCAUGUCUAAGUUCGGCAUCUUAUCCCAAUAUUGCAUCGGCCCUUACGUCUCUAUGCUGGGUUUAGCGAGUUUUAACAUCGCUAUACCAAUCCUCUUCGUGGUAACAUUCAGCGGUAUGCCAGAAUCUCCAUACUACUUCAUCAAGUCAGGAAGACUAGAACAAGCUGAGGGUUCCCUAAAGAAACUACGAGGCAAAGGCUUCAUGAGAGAAGAACUAGACAGCAUGACUACUUUAGUCAACGGAAACAUGAAGGAAAAAGGUCGAUGGAAAGAUUUAGUCACCGUAGGAGGAAACAGAAAGGGAUUAAUAAUAUUACUUGGGAUAUAUUUUACGCAGCAGUUUUGCGGAAGCACUGCUAUAAUAUCGUACGCACAGCAAAUUUUUGGCGCAGCAGAAGGUGGUUUGGGUGCUGAAGUAUCAUGCAUACUCUUUGGUUCUGUGCAACUAAUUACGUCUGCCAUAUCAUCACAACUAGUCGACAGACUAGGGAGAAAGCCGCUGUUGUUAGUAUCUUCUUGCGGCGUUGGCUUGGCGAAUGUUAUAAUCGGUGCCUAUUUCUUUAUCAAAGAUAUGAACAAUGAGUACAUAGUGAGUCUGAAAUUCAUUCCUAUUGUUGUGAUACCAAUUUUUAUAUUCUCUUACACCAUAGGUUUAGCUACAGUGCCUUUCGCUAUUACGUCGGAGAUAUUCCCGACCCAUAUUAAGUCAAAGGCCACUUGUGUGAUACAGAUUUGUGUGGCCCUAAUGACAUUUGCAGUUACAAAAUUGUUUCAAGUAGUUAGGGAUAGUUUAGGUGAUUACGUUGCGUUUUGGGGAUUCGGUGUUCUGUCAGUGGCCGGUGUAGUGUUUAUACUGAUUUUGCUACCGGAAACAAAGGGUCAAUCUUUCGCCGCUAUUCAAGAACGGUUGUAUACGCCAAAAGAAAAGGUUGUGUACGAGAAACGCAAUGGUAAUACGGGUGCAGUUAGAAUUGAUAUAUGAUAAAGAGGAUAAGGCGAUACAAAACAAUGUGAUUGAACAUGACUGUAAUACGGUCGGAAGUGAUUUGCAUAUAAUUUGAUAAGACUUUGGUAGCUAAAUUCUCCUUUUAAUUUUAUUAGGAAUGUAUUGCCAUAGUAUUGCGUGUUUGUUGUUAUUUGAAUAAGAUAAAUCACGCAAUUACAAUGAUUAACUCUCAUACACAAAGUCAUGGUUUAUACAUAAGUACUUAGAUUAUUUUUAUAAGUAAGUAUUAACUUAUUUUAACGCGUUACUUAACUAAUUUUUUAUUGUAGUCUUUCAAUACAUAGGUACUGAACUGACUCCCGGUAAAUUUUGUGUGUGUAGUAAUAAUAAAAUAAAAUUAGCUAUAAAUCAACACUUCAAAAAUUCCAUUAUUAGAUUUAUCCUUUUAUUCAGUGUUAUCUUUAAAAAACCAAAUCUUUAUUAAUUUGUUUAUUCCACACUUGUAUAUUUUUAUUACUUGUGUCAUAAUCACAGAACACAGAGAGAGGCUAAAAGGGUGGGUGCUCAUAGACCGAACAACGCGACCUCAAAUAAUCGAACCAAUCAGCGCUCACACCCGAGAGCAACGACGCAAUCAGAACCAUGUUUUAACCUCUUUCUCUGUUCUGUGGUCAUAAUGCGUGAUUCACACCUGCAAAUAGGGUCAAGUGGGGGACAUUGAAAUGGGGCACAGUGUGCCACAAACAUAAGGAGUAUCGCUGACGUUUUCUUAUUUAUCUACGGUCUAUCUUGAUAGACUACUAUCCCAAGUGGGGAUUUAUGGGUUUACUCGAGCGGCUCAGAAUAACAUAUGGGGGCAACCUUGCACUUUGUGAAGUACUCCAACCAUACCUGAGCGUUGCCGUAUGAAUGCCCAGCAUAUAGGGGAAAAAAUAUUCUAGCGCAUCAGACAUUGAGAAGGGGUGUUAGGUGAACCCUCCAGUACCUCCUAUUCCAAAGAAUGACGUUUUGGACGCGACUAAAAGUCAUGGCCGCUAGUUAAAAAUAUUUUUUCCUUCCCUAGACGGUCGGCCCUACAUAGAGGGCUCAGGUAUGUUGGGGUACUUAACAUAGUGUAAGGUUACCCUCCAUAUGUUAUUCUUCCGCGCUCAUAUAAAUCCAAAAACCCCGCUUGGGCUCCCUCAUAACUUGGUUUUAUUAAUUUCAUAUGCCGCCAUCUUAAGCAGCUAUCAUCUGUGCUCCUUGUUACACUGUCCACCGCUCGACUACACAAAUCCUUCCAUCCAUCAAGAUAGUUAUUAGAUAUUCCAGUUCCCUAAGCAAUCAACUUCACUGGUAAGGUUGACCACCAAAUGCCGUUCAGAAUAAUUUUGACACUUUAAAACAUUUUUUUAAAGCAUUUGUACGUUUUGUCAUUAUCUUUAUCUAAUCCGACUUUAGCUAAGGGGCUAAUUUAUUUAUUCUUCUUUAUAUUGUUGUCAUUGAGUUUUAUAUCAGCAUGAUCGCCAAAAAGCAGUGGUACUUACAAAACGUGAUAUUAGAUAAAUGUAAGUACUAGAGAUAAAUACUUUUUAUAACAAUUAUGAUACACACGUUUAUUGUAAAUUUAAAAUGUGUAUACUUAUUGCGUCAUAUAUAUAAAUGCAUUUUCUAUUGUGUUGUUACCAUCUUAGAAGACGAAAGUACAAAUUUUGUAUAUUAUAAUGUAGUAAUCACCAGCAAGCCUUUAGAAACGUACCUAGCGUCCCAACUUUUAUAAUAAUCCAAAUCAUAAUUUGAUUCUGACGAUAUAAAAUCGUUUCCAAAUUGAAGUAGUUAUAUGGAUUUUUACAAUAAAGACGAUCUCAUAAAAACAAAUUGGCUUUUGAUGAAGACUAGGUACGUGUAGUCUUUAUCAAAAUUUAAUUAAAAUAUUCAUCAAAAUAUAGCGUUUUAUUUGAAAUGUUAGUGCGUACUUGAUGCUAGCGAUAUGCUCUUAUUUAUUAAUUAAAAUCUCCUCCAAUCAAACCCUUUAAUGAAAAGGGCUAUUACAAUCUAGCCUCUUUUGGCAAAUAAUUGAGGUUUAGAUAUUCUUCGAACACAAAUGAUAUAACGGUGAUCCUUCGUUAAACAGUACCAUAUAGUUACCAAUUAAGGGAAACAUAAAAAAACGUAUUCGUCCUUUCCAAAGCAAACGACUUAAAAUUACUGCAAUGUUAUAUUCAAUUAGAUUUUACAUCUUCUCCAAAAUAUUUUUGUAUCAGUUCCAAAAGUCUAAGGCUACUCUACCGUUUUGUUCCAAUAUUAUGUUUAUUUUUAUCAAACUGAUACACUGUUUCUUUUUUAUUGAAAAUGAUCCCAUAUUGAUUCAAUAUUGCUUCACAGAGAAAGAAUAAUGUAUUUUAUGUUAAAUUGAGUAUUGGCAGAAUUUAGAUAUUACCUUAUCUCAAAUAAGGGAAUUAACCAAAAUCCAUGAUUGUAUUUUUUUUAUUAUUAAUUAACUUUCUUAAGCGACGACAUUUACUUACUUCCUUCUUUUAGGUAUAAGUAUUGCUGUUCUGUUGCGGAAGAAAUUGUAAAUAGGUACUAAACAUUAUUAUUUUGUUAUGAUUCCAUAAGCUUGCAGCAUGUAAGAAUACAAAAUUAUUCACUAACCAAAAGGAAAAUAAAUGAAAAAUAUUUUUGUAUAGAA